UUGGGGGGCGACUUGGUGUCCCCGGUCCGGCCCGCACCCCCUGGACCAGGCCAUGUAUGAGCCUCCGUCCCCGGCUGUCCCGGAGGACGGGCAGGAGCAAGACAAGAGCAUCUAUCGGCCACAAGAACCCGACCAAGAUCAAGACCAAAGAGAAAGUGUCAGUCAGAGCCAUGCACCAGGACAAGCACCUUAUCAAGCCUAUGAAGACAGGCAUGGCCCUUACCGGCCACACGAACCAGGUUAUGGUCUUUAUCAGCCAGGAUUCAGUCCAUAUGAUGAUCAGAUACCCGAACCCGAGUCCCGGCAGCUGGCAGUUCAGAAUGCAAAAGCCUAUUUACUGACGAGCAGCACAACAUCCGGCCUGAACUUAUACGAUCAUCUUGCUAAUAUACUAACCAAGAUCCUGGAUGAAAAGCCCACAAAUGCAGUAGACAUAGUUGAGAAUAUCAGCAAGGAUGUGAAGUGGGCUCAAUUUCACAAAAAAAUGGACACUCUUCGAGAUGAACAUGAGAUUCUUCCAACAUAUGAAGCUGCAGAAAAGCGUAAAGCUUUGUUCCUCAAGGGAAAUGGAGAAGAAGAGGAAGAACUGGAAGAAGAGACUGAAGAUACUCCUCUACCUAACGUGAUGGAAACAGCCUUUUAUUUCGAACAGGCUGGAAUCGGCUUGAGCAAAGAUGAAUCCUAUCACAUAUUCCUUGCCCUUAAAAAUCUAGUUAGUGUUCAGCCAAUCCAGACCUGUCGCUUCUGGGGCAAAAUUCUGGGCUUGGAGAUGAACUACAUUAUAGCUGAAGUACAGUGCCAGGAAGGGGAAGAGGAGGAAACAGAAGGGGAAGAAGUUACUGAGGAAGAAGAUAAAGAGGUGGGUGAGGUUGAAGAUGAAGAUGAGGAGACAGAAAAAGAAGACAAACCACCAGAGUCCACCUAUAAGCCCCCACCUGUCAUCCCAAAAGAAGAAAAUGGGACCGGGACUAAUAAAUAUGUCUACUUUGUCUGUAAUGAGCCAGGCACACCCUGGGUGAAGUUGCCUCCAGUGACACCAGCCCAGAUUAUCUGUGCCAGGAAAAUCAAGAAGUUCUUCACUGGUAGGCUGGAUGCUCCUGUUGUGAGCUUUCCUCCUUUCCCUGGAAAUGAGGCCAACUACCUGCGUGCACAAAUAGCUCGGAUCUCAGCAGGAACCCAUGUCUCUCCCAUUGGAUUUUACCAGUUUCCAGAGGAGGAAGAAGAAGAGGAGGAAGAGGAAGGAGGAAGAGGCACAUAUGAAGAAAACCCUGAUUAUCAUCCUCUUUCUGUGGCUGAACUGGUGGAUUCACUCUCCACAUGGGUACACCACACACAGAGUAUUCUACCGCAGGGUCGCUGUGUUUGGUUUAAUCCUUUUAAAAAAUCUGAAGAGGAAGAAGAAGAAGCAGAAGAUGAUGAAGAGGAGGAGAAAGAAGAGGAGCCAGAUGAACCACAGCAAGAAAUAGGACCGCCUCUUCUCACUCCACUCUCUGAGGAUGAAGGAAUUCAAAACAUCCCUGCCUGGACAGCUCAAGCUUCUACAAACCUGAUCCCACAGCAUGCUGUUGCAAUCCUCCAGUCUAACCGGUGGCCCGGAGCCUACGCCUUUGCAUCUGGCAGGAAAUUUGGUAACAUCUACUUUGGCUGGGGUCAUAAAUACAGCCCAGAGAACCACACUCCUGCACUGCCACCGCCAGUGCAAGCUGAAUACCCCAGUGGGCCAGAAAUCACUGAAAUGAGAGACCCCACUCUGGAAGAAGAAUUGGCUUUCAAGGCGUCGAAAGAAGACACUUCAGAUGAAGCUGAGGAAGAUGGGGAAGAUGCUGAGGAGGAGGAUGAAGAGGAUGAUGAUUAAAAUA